AUGGGCGAUUCAACUGCUUCCACAGCUCAAGAGACUUUUGGCGAGAAGAAUGCCAAACACUUUGACAAAGUCGCGCCAGGCGAGUGGCCUCGGUGGAUCGUCGACCUGCAGCAACAGAUUGUCGACUUUCUCGUGUCGCCCGACUUUCCCUCCUGGGCCGGACUAGACGUCAAUGCCCAAGCCCAAGCCCAAGGCAGCAAGGGACGCAUGCUGGACUACGCCUGCGGAGACGGCCUCCUCUCCAAAGCCCUCAAGCCCCUUUACGCCUCCGUCAUCGGCGUCGACGUCUCGGGUGCCAUGCUUGACAAGUACCGCGCCACGGCCUCCGGUCUGGGCCUGACCGAUGAGGAAAUGAUGGGCGUCCGCGGCGACUUCAUCACCGGCGCGUCACAGGCCACCGAGCCGCCGCUGCCCGAGGAGGCCCUCAGCGACUUUGACAUGGUGGCUAUGAGUAUGGCCCUGCACCACGUCGAGGACGCGGCCGCCACGAUGAGGGAGCUCGUGUCGCGGCUCAAGGUCGGAGGCAAGAUUCUGAUCGUGGACUGGGCGCCGCUGGACGGCAGCACCGCGGCCCAGCGGGAAUACCAAGAGGAGCUGCGCAAGGACAACAAAGAAGCCAUCGUCAAGGAGAGGCUGGCGGUGCAUGCGGCGCGGCACACGGUCGGAAAGCCAGAGGGCUUCACCGAAGCGGAGCAGAAGUUGCUUUUUGAACAGGCCGGCUGCAAGGGCUUUGCGUGGAAACUCGCCGACAAGCUGUCAUAUGUAGAGCUGGUGGACGCCAAGGGGCAGCUGUACUGGGCCCUGGCCACCAAAGCCUGA